AUGCCCUCUCUUACGGUUAACAGUGACGGCGUAGAACUGUACUACUAUGACAGCGGUGUUCCCAAGUCCACAGAAUCUAAUGCUCCUUACAAGACACUCUUCGUCGUGCAUGGCUGGGGGUUGAACGGACCAUGCGACUCAACCGUCUCUACUCGCCCCAAUCGCGAUUUACAAACGGGACAUGGACGCACACCCACGACUGCAGACGGCUGA